AUUAUAUGCGCUAAUCUCACGCGACGCUCCAUUGAACGAUUUGCCGAACUGUUGCAGGAAGCUUCCCAGGAAAGCAAAGACGAGCUAUGCCAGCAGACGAUCUCUGACUUUGAGCAAACUUUUGGCUCUUGUCAUGCGUCCACUAUUCUCCUCACAAAGCUUAUCGCCGACCUUUACGCGCACCAGGACAAGCUAGACAAGGCAGAGCAGAUGUACUAUAGAGCACUAGAGUGCUCUGAGGACGUCCCCAUACCCUCUCCGGAAGACACGAUUUGUCGUGACCUUCUUUCUAGCUUAGGUCAAAUUUACCUUCGCCAAGGUAAAUGGGACGAUGCUGAAAGGGUGUUUAAUCAGACGCUAGAGCAACACGAACAAGCUCCGGACCAAGGGUCCACCCCCCCCAUAGGUGCUAUCAGCGGCCUAUACCAGGUCUAUCUCCACCAUUUCAUGACUUUGCGACAAGAGCGGACUCCGCGACAAAUCAGUCUGAACUAUAAAAUACAAGCUAGGGAUAUGAUUACUUCCCUCUCCAACCUCUGCGAGAAGUUCAACGCGGUUUGGCCGUCCUUCCUUAGUCUUCUUGGCCGAGUGUUGAUAUGGACUGGGAAGGAGGACGACGCAGUUAUCGCAUUCCAGCAUCAAUUUCGUGUUGCUGAGUCAAAUCUAGAACAGGGUGGAACCGUCUGCGAUGGCUGCAACAGGCCGCUCCAUGCAGGUAUGCAACGAUUUGUGUGUAAGGCUUGCAUUGAUGUCGAUCUCUGCGGCGUCUGUUAUGAAGAGUAUGAAAUCGAUGGACGAGUGUCUCGGGAAACGGCUGAGAACUGCCAGGCGCACCCAUUCCUUGCCGUACCUAGAAGAGGGUAUGAUACUUCGGAUUUUCCGUUAAAACUAGGGGAAGAUAACCUCUUCGGAUUAGCUUUUCUUAUCCUGGCGCUGGGCCUCUGA